UGUCAAUGCCAUCGAUUGCCGCUUCAGUUGCUCCCCCCUGCUUAAUCGCGACUGUGGAAGUCUUUCUUCAGUUCGGAGUGCUAGGAGAAUAACCCUAUCAAGAAAAAAUAUGGCUCCAAAUUUUGAGGGCGCUCAACCUUACGAUUGUGCAUUCCGAGAGUUUCGCCGUGCGGAGGAGCAAAGGAUGAAAACGUCGCGUCUUGGCUUAGAAGUUCGGACCACCUCAGGCACACUUGCCGAGCGCCACCACACCAUCUUUAAAAAUUCAUAACUUCUUUCAUACAACACCGAAUUGCUUCAAAAAUGGAUAAAAUGAAAGCUGCGCUCGCAGCGCUUCGAUCGGACCCCGAAUUGUCAAUUACUGAUGCCGCUAAGCACUACGGUUGUGGCCGGAGUGGUCUCUCAAAGCGCUUCAACGGAAAGACCUCUGCACGCGACGAUGCACUCGAAAAUCAACAAUUCCUCGAUAGAGCGCAAUCUAAUGCGCUUAUCAAGCAUAUACACGAGCUUACAGAGCGCUCGCUGCCUCCUAUAAUCUCUAUGCUUCGAAAUAUAGCCUUUAAAAUUAAGGGCGAGAGGCCUGGCUAUAAUUGGCCUACUUAGUGGAUUACUGCGCAUAAAGAAGAGCUAGGAACGGGCUUCCUUUAUACACUAGAUGCAGAGAGGAAAAAGGCCAACUUAGAACAGUACUAUUAAGAGUGCUUUACUUUUAUAAAGGCUAAGAUAGCUAAGUAUAGUAUUAAGAAAAAGAAUAGCUAUAAUAUAAAUAAAAAAGGC